UGGUGACGCAAUAUUCCAGCGACUGGAAAAUAUUAAAAACAUUAGUCGGUUUGAUUGCUUGGUGUUUCCGCAGUAUCUUCUGUAGGAUAACAACAUUAUGGCAUUAGAGACGGUCCCAAAAGACCUUCGCCACCUGCGAGCGUGUCUUCUCUGUUCUCUAGUGAAGACCAUCGACCAGUUUGAAUACGACGGUUGCGACAACUGCGAGUCGUACCUCCAGAUGAAGGGAAACAGAGAGAUGGUUUAUGAAUGCACAAGUUCCUCGUUUGAUGGCGUUAUAGCCAUGAUGAGUCCUGAAGACAGCUGGGUGGCUAAAUGGCAGAGAAUAGGUAACUUCAAGCCAGGUGUAUAUGCAGUGUCAGUGACGGGUCGACUACCUCCAGGUGUGGUGAGAGAGCUGAAAAGCAGAGGUGUGAUCUACAAAUCCAGAGACACAGCAGUGAAGACAUAACUGCCUGUCCCCAGAGCCGGACCACACUGCAGCACCAACGCUGGGAUGUCUUUGUUUAUUUGAUGUUCUUUCUUCUUUUUUUUUUUUCUUUUCUUUUUGUUUUUUAAUGUGAUAUGAAAUGUUAGCAUGGGUGAUUAGAAAAAAGAAAAUGUGGAUCUUUGGUAUUCCUUUGACUAACAGAAAAUAAAGGUUUUAUAAGAUAUUUGGGUCACUGUCAAAAA